AUGCCCUCGGAUCCUACAGGCGGCAAUUAUGACACGGAUGAUCUUGUUGACCUUGAGAACAUGAAACCCCCACAGCUGGAUUACUAUGCCGUCCUGAACCUAUCGAAAACCGCUUCGGAAGACGACAUUAAGGACUCGUAUAAGCGCUUGAGCAGGAUCUUCCAUCCGGACAAGCAUAGUGAUCCCGCAUUGAAACAAGCAGCAGAGACAAAGUUUCAUGUCAUUAACAAGGCCUUUGAAGUCUUGAGCAACCCUCAGCUGCGAACUGCGUACGACGAGUAUGGUGAGGAAGGACUAAAUACCAAAUGGGAGGUUGGCCACAGGAUCAAGACUCCUCAAGAGCUGCGCGAGGAGUAUGCACGCUUGGCGCGGGAGAAAAAAGAAAUGGAGCUCGAGAGUUUGAUCCGAUCGAAGAACGACUUCACGAUCAACAUCAAUGCGACCAGAGUGUUCAACAAUCAGGAGGCUCUGUCACCCUUUGGAGGCACCAGCUAUGCCAAGAGGAGCAGCGGUGGGUUCUUGAGCGCAUUGAAGAGGACAGAGAUCAUGCAGCUUUAUAUGAAGAACUCGUUCGAGACGCAAUUCGGUCCCAGGACUCAGCUCAUUGUGGGAGGACAGAUGACAGCCAGGUCUGGUAUGGGCGGCGGAAACGUUGUUGGAACAAUCAGGCACACUUUUUCAGAAAAGUUAAAUGUUGAGCUUGGAUCGUCGCUACUCAAUCCCAGGAUCGGUGUCUUCAAGGGCACCUACUCUAUUGAUCCCCUGUCAUUCAUUACCGGAACCGCUCAAGUCCGUAACUUUCAGGGACCUGCGCCUCUUGUUCUGACAUUCGGCAGAAGGAUUACGAAGGGCGCAACCGGAUACAUGACCUACCGUACUGGAGAAUGGGCGAUCGGAUCAUGGGGGCCCGUCUUUGAAAGACGGCGCGACUUUUCGUCCCUCGCCCUAGGUAUGAGCUCGCAGGAUGAGAACAGAGCCUAUCAGGUGGAAGUGCAGACCGGUAUUAUGCAAUCCCACCUGUCUGUGGAUCAUACCUGGACACUGGAUAGUUCGACCAAGGUUCGGGUCGGUGGAAAUUUGUCAACGACAGCUGGUAUUAAUGCCAGUAUUGGAGGCGAUCGUAAGGUGACGGAGCAUACCAAAAUCGGACUUGCAGUCGAAGUGGGACUCUCGGGAGGUGUCGCCUUCAAUUUCAAGGUCAAGAGACUGGGACAGAGCGUGACGGUUCCUAUUGUGCUGUCUGCACAGUUCAACCCGAAGCUGGCCUUCUGGGCAGUUGUGGCCCCUAUCUGUGCUGUCACCGCGUUGGAUGUGGCCUAUGUCAAGCCCAAGAGGAGUCGAGAGCGGGCGCAAAAGAUCCAGGAGCUGCGAAAGGCUCAUGCGGAGUUUAUUGCGGCGCAGAAGAAGGAGGCAGAGGAGGCUAUUGAGCUGCUGAGGGAGUCGACCAUGCGUAAGACGAGACAGGAGCAGGAGAAAGAUGGUCUGGUCAUUGUGGAGGCGGUUUAUGGAAAUCUGAACGCCGCGCCCGAACUUGGUUUGGUAACCGAUGUGACGAUUGCUGUGCAGGCGCUUGUGAACAAUUCGCAGCUGACUAUGCCAGGAGGCCACUCCAAGGUACGCUUUUGA